GCAACCAACCAAUUUGAAAAGCGGGAAGGAAAAGGCGGGGCUUAAAUCCGUCCGCUCGCAGCGUGAGUUGAGAAUGUAAACACACUCCUCCAAUCAGAGCCGUGCCCUUUUUCCAGCUCCUCCAUUCGCGGGGCCAGAGUGCCAGAAGGAGGCGGGACUAGCAGGAGGCUGAGACCUAUGCCAAGCAGGGUACAACGUUCCAUUGUGUACUUGGUAGGAUGAUUCAGCAGAAGUGAUCCUUGUUCCCAGGAUUAGCAAGCCCUGAGAGCAACUCCUUUCCAUCCAAUUGUGAUUACAGGAUUCUGCUGUGAUUUAUCCAGGCCCUUCCAUGCAAACUUUGUACGUACGUGGCUAGCAAGGCGAGUAGUGACACAAUGCCGUCUUGCUGAACGCUGGGGAAGAAAAUCAUGGCAAACAUCGGGUCUGUUUUGGAAACAUUCUAAAACCAGACUAACACAGCGAGCCAUUUUAAACGUAGCUUGCUACGUGUUUGGAGAGAAACACAGACCCUUUUAUUAGGAACAUGAAACAAAUCUUUGAGUUGCAGUAUCACGGCGGAUUUAUGGUCUGCAUUAUGUCUGGAGCCGGCAGUCAGCUUGCUCUUUUCCUCUUCGGCUGCUACGUGGUUGCCCUGGGAGUCCACACCGAGGAACCACGCGUGGCCCAGCACUCUGAGGCUGAACACUACGUGGCUGCUGUGUACGAGCACCAGUCAAUCUUCACCCCCAGCCCUCUAGCACUCGUGGGCCGCAAGCAGGCCUUGGACCUAAUGAACCAGAACCUCGACAUCUAUGAACAGCAAGUAACGACCGCAGCCCAAAAGGGUGUACAGAUUAUAGUGUUUCCAGAAGAUGGCAUUCAUGGAUUCAACUUUACAAGAACAUCUAUUUACCCAUUUUUGGACUUCAUGCCGUCUCCCCAGUUGGUCAGGUGGAAUCCUUGCCUGGAGCCCCACCGAUUCAAUGACACAGAGGUCCUCCAGCGCCUGAGUUGCAUGGCCAUCAAGGGCAAUAUGUUCCUGGUGGCCAAUCUUGGGACCAAGCAGCCUUGCCAUAACAAUGACCCGGGGUGCCCACAUGAUGGAAGAUACCAGUUUAACACAAAUGUCGUGUUCAGCAACAACGGAACCCUUGUUGACCGCUAUCGCAAACACAACCUCUACUUUGAGGCAGCUUUUGAUACCCCUCUCAAAGUGGAUCACAUCAUCUUUGAUACCCCUUUUGCUGGCAAAUUUGGCAUCUUCACCUGCUUUGAUAUAUUGUUUUUUGACCCUGCCAUUAGACUCCUCAGGGACUCUGAGGUGAAGCACGUCGUAUAUCCUACUGCCUGGAUGAACCAGCUCCCACUCUUGGCAGCCAUUCAGAUUCAGAGAGCUUUUGCCAUUGCCUUUGGCAUCAACCUCCUGGCUGCCAACAUCCACCACCCAUCUCUGGGGAUGACCGGAAGUGGCAUACACAGCCCUCGGAAGUCCUUUUGGCACCAUGACAUGGAAAACGCCACUGGUCAUCUUAUAAUCGCACAGGUAGCCAGAAAUCCACUGGGUCUCAUUGGUCCAGAGAAUGCCACAGGUAAAAUGAACCCAUCUCAUAGUAAGUUUUUAGAAAUCUUGGCAGGUGAUCCAUACUGUGAAAAGGAUGCUCAGGAAGUCCAUUGUGAUGGAGCCACCAAGUGGAACAUGAACACUCCUCCUGUGUUUCAUUCGGAGAUGAUGUAUGACAAUUUCACCCUGGUCCCUGUGUGGGGAAAGGAAGGCUACCUCCGCGUCUGUGCAAACGGCCUCUGCUGUUACUUGCUUUACCAGCGGCCCACUUUGUCCAAAGAGCUGUAUGCCCUGGGGGUCUUUGACGGUCUUCACACUGUGCACGGCACUUACUAUGUUCAAGUUUGUGCCCUGGUCAAGUGUGGGGGUCUUGGCUUUAACACCUGUGGGCAGGAGAUCACAGAGGCCACAGGGAUAUUUGAGUUCCACCUAUGGGGGAACUUCAGUACUUCCUAUAUCUUUCCUCUGCUUCUUACCUCAGGGAUGUCCCUGGAAACCCCUGAUCAGCUUGGCUGGGAGAAUGACUACUCCUUCCUGAGCAAGAGCGGACUGUCCUCUGGCCUGGUGACGGCAGCUCUCUACGGGCGGCUGUAUGAGAGGGACUAGGGCAGUGUGGGGUGGGCAGCCCUGCACUUGUCCAGACCACAGCUCACAAGCACUGGGACCACCUCUCUGCCCCACAGCCCACUGUGGGAGCUGUGGGAUGAGGUAGGAGAGGCACCUUCCCCCAUUGUCUUUUCCUCUUUGACGUGGAUUAUCGAGUCUUUUCUGGUAUUCCCUGUUCCUGUUUCAAGCCAUAUCUUCCUCCAGCAAACCUCUCAUUAUACAAUUGGUUUUAAGAGCUAAAAUAAAAAUGCCAGUUUAUAUUUUA